CUGCAGAUAUCAAGAGGGUCAUGCAAGUUGAACAGUCAGGACAAUCGUGUUAGAGGUCCAAUCAGGACAUUUGUGUUAGUGGUCCUCUUCCAGAUUUGUACUAGAUGGAUGCCUUGUUUAGGGAUGUCCUGAAAUAUUUAUUCAGAAUAAUUGGGGGGAAAUAGAAUCCUUUAAUGAUUGUAAGAUUGAGCUGUUCAUCAUGGCCCUAUUAAGGUCAGGUCCAGCAUGAAAGUGUGCAAUUUAAAUCUGUGAAUUGUUCUUUCUGAACUGUAACCAGGAUUUUUGUGGAGACAAAUGAAUUUUAAAAUGUUGGAUCCACUCCUUGUAAUUAAACGUUUUAUGUUUGGAGUAUCAGGGAGGCAGUGCUGUGAGUUUGUGAUUUUGACCUAAGAAUUAACUAAAACUGAUUGUCAUGUCUGUUUGCUUUGCAGAAGUGAGUGAAUGCAGUAGAUAUAGCUAGCUACUUGUCAAUUACAAAUUCUGUGAUCCACCAACUGAAUUGUUGAACAAAUAGACAUAUCUUCCUAUUAUUUAUUGUGUAAUACUUGUGAAAUCUUGGAUCCACCUCAGAGUUUGAAAAUUUGAAUGAACUUCACAGGAGUAUAUUUUCAUUCAAAUUGCUAAUUUCACAUCUGGAUGUGCUACUUGUGUAUAUAGAGUGAUGAUUCUGUGAUAUCUUAAGAGAUCAACAUUUCUUUAAUCAAUUGUAAAACUUAUCAGACAGAUGAAUGGAUAACAAAUAAUGAAAUGCUUAUCUCGAUUAGCGCGCUAACCGAGAACUGAGUCUUAGAUCCGCUCCUGUUGAUCCACCUUAUGUAAUAUUAGAUCCAUCCCCUGUUGAUCGUCCCACAUAACGUCUUGUAUACGCCCCUGUUGAUCGUCCCACAUGACGUCUUGUAUACGCUCCUGUUGAUCGUCCCACAUGGUUAAAUCAACAUCAAACAUGUCUGACAUUUAUUGCCGAUUUCAAUUUCAGACGUUUUUGAAGGAUUCAGAAAUUAGUCAGGUCUACGUGAAGGGAGCUCGAAUAUGGAUCCCAGACUCGGAGAAGGUGUGGGUCGGGGCGGAACUGCUGGAGAAUUACACUGGACAGAAAAGUGUGAAGAUACAAAUAGAGGACAAUGGUCAGGAACGGAAUUUUGAAAUUAAGGAUAAAAAUCGACUGCCGCACCUAAGGAAUCCGGAGAUUCUGAUUGGAGAAAAUGACCUGACAUCACUCAGCUACCUCAACGAACCAGAGGUUCUGUACAAUCUACGAGUGCGGUUUCUGGAGAGGAACUGUAUCUACACAUACUGCGGGAUUGUUCUGGUGGCCAUUAAUCCAUAUCAACAGCUACCGAUCUAUGGCAAUGAGCUCAUUCAGAUGUACAGCGGGCAGGACAUGGGCACGAUGGACCCACACAUCUUCGCUGUGGCGGAAGAGGCAUUCAAACUCAUGUCUAGAUUUGAUAAGAACCAGUCAAUCAUCGUGUCUGGAGAGUCCGGGGCUGGGAAGACUGUGUCAGCAAAGUAUGCCAUGCGGUAUUUUGCAAUGGUUGGUGGUUCCCAGACAGAAACCCAAGUGGAACAGAAAGUGCUAGCCUCUAACCCCAUCAUGGAGGCUAUAGGAAACGCCAAGACGACUAGGAAUGACAACAGCAGUCGCUUUGGAAAAUACAUCGAGAUUUCUUUCAACAAAAAGAACGAGAUUAUUGGAGCCCACAUGAGAACAUACCUUUUGGAAAAAUCCAGGGUUGUGUUUCAAGCCUCUGAGGAAAGAAACUACCACAUUUUUUAUCAACUCUGUGCAUCCAGGGAUCUCCCAGAAUAUAAGAAAUUCUGUCUGUUGUCACCUGAUGAUUUUUUCUACACAAGUCACGGUCAGGCUCCGGAAAUCGAUGGCGUGGACGACGCUGAAGACCUGAUAUCUGCCAGGGAAGCACUAACAAUGUUGGGGAUCUCGGAGAAAAACCAGAUGAUGAUUUUCCAGAUUCAGUCAGCUGUCUUACACUUUGGUAACGUAAAAUUACGUGAGGCUGAUGGGGAAUCAUCUGAAAUCAAGAAAGAUGAUAAACAUUUAACCAUUAUGUGUAAACUACUCGGCAUCGAGGAAUCUCAAAUGAGGAUGUGGUUAUGUCAUAAGAAGAUUGUCACUGUCGGCGAAGUGUUAACCAAACCAUUAACAUUAACUCAGGCUUCGUUUGCCCAGGAUGCUUUAGCAAAACACAUAUACGCACAGACGUUUGAUUGGAUCGUGGAAAAAGUCAACCGAGCGUUACACAGCACGACAAAAUCCACCAAAUUUAUAGGUGUACUAGAUAUAUAUGGGUUUGAAACUUUUGAGAUCAACAGUUUUGAGCAGUUUUGUAUCAACUACGCUAAUGAGAAACUGCAGCAGAUAUUUAAUAUGCACGUCUUUAAGCUGGAACAAGAGGAAUAUGUAAGGGAGGCCAUAGAGUGGUCCUUUAUAGAUUUUUAUGACAACCAGCCCUGCAUUGAUCUGAUCGAGAGCAAACUAGGAAUCUUAGAUCUUCUUGAUGAAGAAUGUAAGAUGCCGAAGGGCUCAGAUGAGAACUGGUGUCAGAAACUCUACGACAAACAUCUAGGCAAAGCCAAGCACUUUGAGAAACCUCGAAUGUCGAGAUCGGCCUUCAUCAUCAAUCACUUCGCAGACCGCGUAGAAUACCAGGCUGAUGGGUUUCUGGAGAAAAAUCGUGACACGGUGCUAGAGGAACACCUCAACAUUCUCAGGGCCAGCGAGUUUGAGCUGGUGGCUGAGUUGUUUGAAGAGAAGGUGGAUCCCAAUGAGAAGAAAUCACGAGCGGGGUCUGCCACGACCCACGCCAUGAGACAGGGCCCUAAGGGAGGGGGUCGUUCCAACAAAAAGACUGUGGGGUCACAGCAAGUUCAGAAGGCUACAGUCGGAGAUCAGUUCAGGGAUUCUCUCCACAAGUUGAUGCAGACACUGAAUGCUACCACCCCUCACUACAUCCGCUGUAUCAAACCCAACGAUGAGAAAGAGGCCUUUGUGUUUGAACCGAAUCGUGCGGUGGAACAGUUGCGGGCGUGCGGUGUGUUAGAAACCAUCAGGAUCAGUGCUGCUGGAUAUCCGUCCAGGUGGACUUAUCCUGAGUUCUUCCAGAGAUACCGUGUCCUUGCCCGCUCCAAGGACAUCAACAGAAGUAACACGAAGAAGACAUGUGAAAAUGUCCUUACCAAAGUGAUUCAGGAUCCAGAGAAAUAUAGAUUUGGGAAAACCAAAAUAUUUUUCCGUGCUGGUCAAGUAGCUUACCUAGAGAAGUUACGCUCCGAUAAGCUGAAGGCCUGCGGAAUCAUGAUUCAGAAACACGUCAAGGGCUGGUUGGCACGGCGACGGUAUCAACGGAUCACCAAGUCUAUCAUGUUACUCCAGAAAUAUGGGCGGGGCCUGCUGGCCAGGAGACAUGCCAAAUUUUUGCGAGAGACUUUUGCUGCCACCAGGAUCCAGAAACGGUGGAGAGGCCACACAGCACGUGUUCGCUAUCUCAAAAUCAGAGGUGCAGCCGUCGUCAUACAGUCUGCCAUCCGAGGCCACUUCGGACGACUGCUGUUCAAGAAGGAAUUGCAUGAGCACCGAGCAAUCACGAUUCAGAAGUUGGUACGUUCUUGGCUGGCCAGGAAACGCUACAAGAAAGUAAUGCGUGGAAUCGUGUUGUUACAGAGUCACUUCAGGCGACGGAGAGCAAAGAGAGAGCUUAAAAAACUCAAGAUUGAAGCCAAGUCUGUGGAACACAUUAAGAAUGUCAACAAAGGCCUGGAGAACAAAAUCAUACAAUUACAACAGAAGCUGGAUGCCAAGAACAAGGAGGCCCUGGGUAUGAAGGAACAAGACGUAUACAUCCGACAGCUGAAGGGGGACAUGGAAAAACUAAGGACCUCUAAUGAGGAGGGGAAGAAGUCCUCAAACAAGGUCAGCGAACUCGUGCAGCAAAUCAAAGAUCUCCAGGAAGAACUCAGCAGAGAAAGGAAGGAGAAAGAGGUUCUCGUCACAGAGCGAGAUAAAACCAGGAAGGAACACACACAGGUGUUGAGUAAGCUGGCAGAGGAAAAAUGUAAACUAAAGGAAGAACUGGAUGAAGCGAACCUCAAGCUGCAACAGCAGGAGACAGAGACUGGAGAUGUGAUGAAAAAGAAACUGGAGGAAGCUAACAAACUCCUCCAGGCUGAGUUUGAGUCUGAGCGCAGCCAUCACCAGCGACUUGUUAAAGAGCAUGCUCGUCUUCAACAGAGACUAGAGAACCUACAGUCCGAAUUCCAAGUUCUGACAUCUCCCCAGGGACACAAACGAACUCCAUCUGACAUCAGCGCCAUCAGUCUGGAGUCGUACACCAGUUCUGUGUCACCAGAUGACAUCAAAUAUGAUGAGGAAGGACCUGAGGAAAAGGACCAGGGCUAUGGGACAAAGAAAAAGAAGAAAGCUCCUGCCCCACCUGUUCCCACGGCAACAGCCAUCGAGAAAGAGAUGAAGGAUGUUGAUAUUGGGCUGGUCCUCAAACUUCAGAACAAAGUGAAGGAGUUGGAACGACAGAGAACUGAGUUAGAGGAGAAAGUAGAAAGUUAUGAAGAAGAAACGCCACGGGGCAGCAGGGACUCCGCCGUCAUCCCCAACUCUGCUUUUGAUGCUCUGAAGCAACAGCUUGUUAAUGCUGACGAUGUCCAGCUCGUAAUCAAGCUUCAGAAACGCAUUGCUGAGCUUGAAAUGACAAAGUCCAAGCUUGCAGACGAACUCGAUGAAAGGGAUGAAGAAGAUGAGGAGAAAUCGGGAUUUAAAAUCACAACUCCCGAAUUCGCCUACAAUAAUCUCAAGAAUGGUGAUGUAAACAAAGAUUUAUCCAAUGAUAACAAAGAGGAGAUGCAGGAACUUCAGAAUGAGAAUGACAAGUUGAAGAGAGAAGUGAACAAAUUGAUGAAGUCUAUCUCAGAAAAUGUCAACUUUGAGAAAGGUGGCUCCAAUUCUCCAGCAGGCAAAGAGUUUAUGGAAUCAAAGGAAAUAGAAGAUCAAGUGAAGGUAUUUACAGACCAGUUUACUGCAAUGGCUGACGAGUUAGAUAGACGUCGGGAGGAAUGUCUUCAGCUGCGAGCCAUGCUAGCAGAGAAGAGCAUCACAACACAUGCAAUCGCUAAAGAGUCGUACGGAGGAAUGGACGACAUCGUUAACGAGGACAACGAACUGGCACUGGCCUACCGAACUCAGAAAGAACUCAACAGAUUAUUGGAGAACCAGCUACAGAAGACGGAGAAAGACAUGAAGAAGAAAGAGGACAAGCUAAAGAGAGAAAUCAAAGAACUGAAACAGGAGAACGAGGCAGCGCAGAAAACCAUCAGCCAGUACAACAGCAUCACUCGCAAUUUACAGCUGGGCCCGGAAGCGAAGAUCGAAGCAACGAUGCAGCACGAGAUAACACGUCUCACUUCAGAAAACCUGGAUCUUAGAGAGAAAGCUGACAAGCAGUCCGACCAGAUCAGAAAAAUGAAGAAAAUGCUGAAGGUGUACACCAAAAAACUCAAGGAUGGGGACGUGGCAGAGAUUGAGGCAGAAUUGGAAAGAGAAGACAAACAGAAGAAGUCCGAUGACAGCGUAGCAACAGUGAAACAUCUGGACCGAACGUACAUGGGAAUGUUAGAAUACCAAAAGGAAGACGAGGCGCAGCUCAUCAAAUGUCUGAUCAUGGAUUUGAAGCCAAAAGUUGCACAGGGACUACUGCCUGGGUUGCCAGCCUAUGUACUGUUUAUGUGUGUACGUCACACCGAUUACAUCAACGACGAUGAGAAAGUCCGAACACUCCUCACCAACACCAUUAAUGGCAUCAAGAAAUGUGUCAAGAAACACAACAAAGACUUGGAGCGUGUCAUUCUGUGGCUGGCAAACACGUGUCGACUUCUUCACACCCUGAAACAGUAUAGCGGGGAAAAGUCAUUCCAAUCUGAGAACACAUCACGGCAGAAUGAACACUGCCUGCGUAACUUUGAUUUGUCUGAGUAUAGACAGGUGUUCAGUGACCUUGCCGUGUGGAUUUACCAAACGAUGAUUAAACACAUGGAAGAGGCUCUACAGCCCAUGGUCGUUGCAGCAGUGCUGGAGCAUGAAGCGAUUGCCGGACUGACGGCGAGUAAACCAGCUGGAAUGAGGGGACGCAGCAGUAGCACCGCCACCGACGAAAACGUGCGAGAGCUGUCCCUCGACUCGCUGAUGAAAGUGUUGAACAAGUACAGCCAGAAUCUAUCCCAGCAUGCCGUGGAUCCAGAACUCAUCAAGCAAGUCUUCAGACAGCUUUAUUACUACAUCGGAUCCAAUGCCUUGAACAAUCUGCUGCUGAGGAAGGACAUGUGUAACUGGUCAAAAGGCAUGCAGAUCAGGUACAACUUGAGUCACCUAGAACAGUGGUUGAGAGACAACAAGCUGAACGAGUCUGGAGCCCAGUCCACACUGGAAACCAUUACUCAGGCCUCUCAGCUACUCCAGGCCCGCAAGUCUGACGCAGAUGUCGACAGCAUCUGCGAGAUGUGUUCCAAACUCACAACACCUCAGAUUGUAAAGAUCCUAAACCUGUACACCCCAGUCGACGAAUUCGAAGAAAGGGUUCCGAUCAGUUUCAUUCGCAAAAUUCAGGAGCGAUUAAAAACCACCAGAAAUGAUGAUGACAACACGCUAUUAAUAGACAUCAAGUAUUCCUUCCCAGUAACCUUUCCGUUCAACCCAUCGAGCCUCACUCUGGACACCGUGGAGAUUCCUGAGAGUCUACACUUGGAGUUCUUAACGCGUGUUUAAUAUUGACAUUUGUUUAGGAAUUAUUUUGUUUUUCUAUGUCUCCUGUAUACUUAGAACGUGUGUGAUAAUGACAGUCUUUCCUGUGUUACAAAGUUGUGCUUUUUUACUGACAUUUCAAGUUAUUCAAUUCUGUGAUUUUUUUAAAGAGUAUCUUCUGCUACAUAUCCUCUUUUUUUACACCUUAAAUGAGCUCUUAAGGUCAUGACCUGAAUUAGGUCAAGAGGUCAUGAACUUUAUUGUGAUACACCUUCAUUUCACCUUGGCAUUUCUUUGGGCAAUUUGAUUUUGUGAUGGUUGGUUUUGUUUUAUGUUUAACAUUCGUUUCACAAUUUCAUUUUUGUGAUAAUAAGUUUCGUUACACAUGUAUGUUUAAGUUUGGUUUCAAAAUGUUUCUUUAUCAACAGUUCUCUCCCCUGAAAGUAAAAUUGCACACAACACAUAUAGCAUGUUUAUUGACGAUAUUCCUCUGAGCACCUGAUCCCGCUUGGUGUUGUCUAGGGGUCUGUAUUAACCCCACUCUCGUUUUUUGUAAUCGUUGUAGGGUAUAAAAUUAAUCACUUCCAUUAUUUUCACUUUUUUUAACAUGUACAAUGCACCAAAGAAAACUGUUGUGGAUGAAGAAGUAUAAGACGUUUUUAAUACUAGGUGAAACUUAUCAAUUAUGUGUUAUUUAGCUGUGAACAUCAAACAUUUAAUAAUUAUGUGUUAUUUAGCUGUGAACAUCAAACAUUUAAUAACAGUGAUCCACUACCUUGUGAAUUCUCUAUCUCUCUCCAUCUAUCUAUUUAUCAGUCAGUAAGAACGGUACAUCAGUACAUUGUACUAAUUAAAACUACUAUGUAUGACUGAUGUCUUGAAUGCGAAUCAAAUUUUUUUUUUUCGUUUUAGAAGAUUUAGAUAAUUUCUGUCUACCACAAAAAAAUCAAUUAACUUCUAUGCCUAUAGUAGCGAAUUAAUUUCUCUUUGAUGACGUGUUAUCUUUCAGACUUUGAUGUUUGUUUUUUUUUUGUACAUAUCUUCAUUGUUAUUAUGUGCAGCAUUCCCAUUCAGUCUCUUUCACUUUCUACUUUCACUUUCAACCACUGAGCAGAUAACGAAACAUAUACAAUGAUUCAGAUCACUCACUCAGAUACCUGUAUGUUCAUUUCUUUAAAAACCUGUGUAUUCAGAUGCUUCACUUAACCCUAACCUUUACAUCGAUUAUAGAGGUCCUCGGUCUUUAUUUAUUAACAAGCUAUUGAUAACUACCUGUCUCUGCUAUCUUACAAUGAUGCAAGCUCGCUGCUAUGUAUGAGCUUGAAUCACUGGUCUAGAUGAUUUAUGUCUCAAUUAUCAAUCCUUAAUAUUUUGUAAACUCUCACCCCCACCCUGCACAAGGUUUAUAUUAAAGAAUGUAAGCAUAGAAACAUUUUGCCUGCGGUAGACCUAGGGUUUUUAUUAUAGACUGAUGUCGCACAUAUUUAUAUAUACAUACCUAGUUUUUGCGUUUUACAAGGUCGACAUUCAGAAUUAAUAUUUGUGUUACACAGGUCGACAUUCAGAAUUAAUAUUUGUGUUAUACAGGUCGACAUUCAGAAUUAAUAUUUGUGUUGUACAGGUCGACAUUCAGAAUUAAUAUUUGUGUUAUACAGGUCGACAUUCAGAAUUAAUAAUUGUGUUGUACAGGUCGACAUUUCCUUAUUUUCGUUCACUCAGAAUAUUUAUCAUCAGUUAACCUCUGGUAAAACUGUUGCAUUGUGGUACUUUUCGGUAGUUGUUGAUAAAACUGUUGCAUUGUGGUACUUUGCGGUAGUUGUUGAUAAAACUGUUGCAUUGUGGUACUUUGCGGUAGUUGUUGAUAAAACUGUUGCAUUAUGGUACUUUGCAGUAGUUGUUGAUAAAACUGUUGCAUUAUGGUACUGUGUGUUAUUUAUGUUAAUAUUACUGUUUAAUCAGGAGGUCAGGCAAUCAUCCCACCUACAGAGCGUCAGAUUACUUAACACAGUGGUAAUUUUAUUAUUUUACAUGUAUCUUGUCAAUAAAAGAUGUAACCUUUUAACCUCCAAAAACAGAAGAGUUCUAUUAAAAACUCUAGUGAACCUUUAAACAAAAGAGGCAAGACAGGGUCAUUGAUCUUCCAAGUUUCUCUUAAUUCUGAAAAAAAAUUUCAGAAUUGUAUUGACAUACACCAAAAGCAAUUCCAUACGAGCUCACCACCUAUGUCAAAUAUUGUCCUCGUUCAGAUACAGAUUGUUAUUGCAUGUUACACGUGUACAUUCUGUCGUUUGUAUUAGCAUGUUUGUGUAAGGUGAUAGGUUUAAAUUGUUUUAUUUACGAUAAGUCUUAUUUAUCUGUAUUGUUAAAAGUUUAUAAUGUGUAUAGAAGGAAACUGACUGUUAGAGUAUCAAUUGUGGAAAUGGGUCCGUCUGUCUGUCUGUAACACCUAGGUGUCAGGAAGGUGUAUUGAAUACCAUUUGAGUUUUAGCAGUGAAACUGCUCAUUAAGAGUCCCCAUGACGUUAGAAUUACAACUUUAGAUUUUGAGGUUCAAAGAUCAAUAGGUCACAUAUAGUAAGUAACUGUUUUGGAAGCAUCUUUAUCACAAAUGUUUUCAGUUUAAGUAAUUGAGAUACUAGGCCACCUUUACUGACUUUAAUUAAAGAGUCCCCAUCAUAAAGGUCAAGGUCCACUGGUCACUUGAUUAUUUAUCUUUGAUUUUUGAACUUCAGCAAUGAAGCCCUGCCUGUUGAAAACUCUCCCUCAAUCAAAGCACAAAUCCAAUAGGGACAACUUUAAACAAGGGAGUUAAUCCAAUAGAUUAUGAUUUUAUUGGGUGGUUGGAAAUCUGGGAUAAGUGUGUUGCACUGCUGGGGGGCAUUUUGUUUUACAUGUGUGCUAUUUCAAGUCUUCAGUCUCUGGUUCACUUUUUGACCUUUUCUUCAUAUCAAUGGUGCUGUUGUAAUUCUGAGGAUUUCAUAGAAUCACGGAUCAAGUCAUGGUUUUUUUUUUUUAGAUAGACAUGAACUCUUACGGAUAUUAGUUUGUCAGAGAGAAAUAGAUCAGUAUAUGAAAGAAUGAGAGAAAAAACAUUCCAGUUCAGAGUGAUAUAGACAUUCCAAAAUCAGGUACCUCAAUAUUAAAGUUUCCAGCUGAAUUUUAAUUUUUUAACUUGCUGAGUUUUCAAUGGAAGUGGAUGUAAUUUUGGGGAUUUCUUGACAAAUUCCUGAAUUGUUGAACACAGACUUCAUACCAAACACCAGUGGUUCCUUACAAAAAUUCGUAGAGUUAGUUGUUUAGUUUAGUCGUGCACGAUAAACAACUUGUUUUAAACUUUCAUAUCAUUAAUUUAUUUCUCCAUCUUUUUUUUUUUUUUUUUUACAUAUGAUAAGAUUUACUAGGUCUAGUGGAACAAUAUGCAUUUUUCUGCUGAAGAGUAAAUUUUAGUAAAUUUCUUUUGCUGAUUAAAAUAAGAUUCUCGUUUAAGGUAGAUAUUGAAAUCAACACUGACAGUGGUCAUGUGACCUGUGAAAUCAACACUGACAGUGGUCAUGUGACCUGUGAAAUCAACACUGACUGGUCAUGUGACCUGUGAAAGUUAUUGUCACUACAGUGAUGAGAGAUGCAUUACUAAAUCUGAAUGUUUUGUGUAUGACACUAGUGGACUACAUUGUAUAGGAAUUUCUAUAUGACUGUUUAUUGUUUAUUUACAAACCACAUGCGCAGGUGAAAAAAUGCUUUGCAUGAUGCAGUCUUUGCUAAACAAAUAGCGGUUUACAUUAAAAACAAAUUGAAACACUC